GCUCUGCUCGGCGCAUGCGUACUGGUGGUCGGUCUCUUCCUCCGUGAAAAUGUCGAAGCGAGGACGUGGUGGUGCUUCGGGGGCCAAGUUCCGCAUCUCUCUCGGUCUCCCCGUGGGGGCCGUGAUCAACUGUGCGGACAACACAGGGGCCAAAAACUUGUACAUCAUUGCCGUUAAGGGCAUCAAGGGUCGUCUGAACCGGCUCCCAGCCGCCGGUGUGGGUGACAUGGUGAUGGCAACUGUCAAGAAGGGAAAGCCAGAACUCCGGAAAAAGGUGAUGCCGGCAGUGGUGAUUCGACAGCGGAAAUCGUAUCGAAGAAAGGACGGAGUGUUCUUAUACUUCGAAGACAACGCGGGGGUAAUAGUCAACGUCAAGGGAGAAAUGAAAGGCUCAGCCAUCACGGGUCCUGUGGCGAAGGAGUGUGCAGACCUCUGGCCGAGGAUUGCCUCUAACGCUGGCAGCAUCGCCUGAUUUCCACCCCCGCUCUGCUAGUCUUCAAUAAACCUGGUCACAACCUA